AUGAUGCUGCCAACACCACCCUUCAUGGCCGAGCCCAUUCUGCCGUCCCUGGAGCUCACCAUCGCGCUCGUGGUCGGCACCGUUGGGGCGCUCAUGCUCGUAGCCUUCCACUUUGCCGAAUCCAACGCUGCCAUGCGAGGCCGCAAAGGCCAGCCCCUCCCAGCUUGGGUGGAGCGGGCGCUUCGGGUAUUUUUCUUGGCGGUGCUGGUGGGUCCGAUGACCUACGUGGUCGACCGCUUCCUGUUCCACUGGCCCGUGCUCACCCUCUUCUGGAUCCUCUACGCCGUCCCCUACACCGAUCUCUCCGAACAGAACGGCGGCAAGACGCCACGACUGCGUAAGUGCCCGAUGUGGAACCUGGCCAAGAAGUACUUCACACUCGACCUGGUGCGGACCUGCCCUCUCGACCCCGAGAAGCAGUACAUCUUCGCCAUCCACCCCCACGGCAUCCUCCCCGUCGGCACAACUGUGGCGAUGGGCUACGAGUGCAAGGGCGGAUUCAAGGACCUGUUCCCGGGCAUCAACUUCAAGACGCUUGUGGCCACGUUCGGCUUCUAUGUGCCCAUGUACCGAGAGUUUCUGCUGUACUCGGGAAUGGCGGAUGCGUCGCGAUUCUCGGCGAAGAAGCUGCUGGAAGACAAGAUGUCCAUCGCGCUGGUGCCCGGCGGUGCGACGGAGGCGCUCUACGUGUCUCCCGAGAAGGAUGUACUCUACCUCAAGAACCGCAAGGGCUUCAUCAAGCUCGCUAUGGAGCAUGGUACGCCGAUUGUUCCGGUGUUCAGCUUCAACGAGAACAGCACCUACAAGCUGUACCAGGGCGGCAACAAAUUCAUAAACGACUUCAAGCGCCGCUUCCAGCGGGUGUUCGGCCUGACGCUCCCGAUGGUGCUCAACGUGGUGCCGAAGCGGGCCAAGAUCACGGUCGUGGUCGGCCAGCCCGUCGACAUGCCGCUCAACAAGGACCCCUCGCCCGAGGAGGUCGACCGCCAGCUCGAGGUCUACAUCGCCAAGCUCAAGGAGCUCUACGACGCCAACAAGGACAAGUACAACGACUCCAAGAGCAAGCAGCUGGUCAUCAUCUAA